CAGGAGCACGAGGUAUUACUAGUCUACGCGGCCAUGAUCCUAAUUAAAUAUCUGACAUAAUGGAUGGUGCCCCACACCAACUACUGCGCCCACUCGUCAGAGACAUAAAUAACACAUCCCUUUCCCCGCAUCCUCGAUUACACACCAACAACCACUUCCCACCUUCAAAAUACACAUUCACUCACCACAAACGACCCACAUCCAUGUCGAUCAUCCUCCCCCAUAACCCACUCGAGCUGCGCAACCCGUACUCUGUCCUCCUCGAACCAGAGCAGCAAGACUCAACCACCGACAUCUGCCAUGUCUACACCGCCUCAAAGGCCCUUCUCAUUCGGGCCAUGAGCGACGACGAUUUCGACCGACUCAGUGUCUCCUCUUGGUCCGUCGUCAACUCGACCUACGCCUCCGAUGACGACGACGACGACAUGGUCAAUGAUGAGAUCUACAUCGACGUCUCUGCUAGCCACCUCGCCCCCCUCACAGUCUCGGCCCUCAGCGACGGAUUCACAAACAUUUCCAAGACCAUGACGGCAGCGAGCAUCAACAGCUCCAUCGCGGUAUCUGCACGGCCAGAUACCUGGGUUGUCAAAGUCUCGAAGAAACAGCGUCAAGGUCCCUCUUCACAGCAUCGGAGACCCAAGACUUCGACUGCAACUGCGCCUUCGCUUUAUGAUGUGGUCGAGGGCGGAUCCGAGGAAGAAAAGAGCGAUGAGGAAGAGGUGUAUAUGGAUAUGACGGAACAUGAGCUGUCAAAGUCGGCAAAGGCGGUCAAUUUGAAGAACGUGAGACUGGCGACGGCACACGAUCGCGAGUUGUGCAAGGCUCUUCGGUUGACCAGCCUCCCCAAGCGUCCAAGGCGGAAGAACUAGGGACGACUGGUUGUUAACCUAGGCUUUUUCCUCCAUGCCUUGUAUAUGUAUUGUACUUACCACUCA